ACAGAGAGCAAAUGUGUAUUUUGCAACAUCACUAGCAAAAAUGGAUUCAAUAUUGUUUGCGAGGACGAGAAAUACGUCGUGAUUCGAGACCGUAGGCCUGCCGCAUCGCAUCAUGUGCUUGUGAUACCCCGGAGACACGUAGAAAGUGUUAAGGAUCUCAGCAAGUCUGACGUGACCAUGGUCAAGGACAUGGAAAAGAUAGGCCAUGAACAGCUGGACAAGCUACAGGUCUCUCCAACGAUGCGGCGGUUAGGCUUCCACAUACCUCCGUUCAACAGCGUAAAUCAUCUUCAUCUGCACGUUAUGGCAUUGCCCUUCAAGUCUUUGAUUCGCAAGGCAAAAUAUCCCUGGAUCAAAGGCGGCGAUGGUCAUGAGAAAGGAUGGACUUGGUUUGCAGAAAUUGGCCAGACUAUUCGGAUCUUAGAGAAAGGUGGCCGGGUUACUGUG